AAAAUUUCGCAAUCUCAUUUUAUUCUCGUUUUUUUUUCCAAUUCCAAUUUUCAACCCCAGCAGAGGCGUAGCAUUCAGAAACGGAAUGCCCAAUAGUCGCAUUGGAGACCUCUAGAAAGAUGGAUGUCUGCAGAGCUGGUGUAAUGGAUUGAACAACGCAUACCUACCUAGGUAACCCUCACAGACGCGAUGUGCGCGGCGCAGGCUGUUUUUGGCUUUUGUCUUAUUGAGGCGAGGUCACUUGACUUGACCUUCUAACCUAAGAUUUUGGCCGGCAAUGGUCGGUUCUGCGGUCCUCGGCACCCCGCGGGUGUUCAGGGCUUUGGAGAGAGAGUUGGAGAACCCGAACCCGAACCCGUCUCCAAUUGACUUUUCUACCGCGCCUCUCUUAUGUCCAUCGUUGCAGUUGGCUGUUUUCACUUGGGGCUGGGAUUGUUCAGCACACGCUACCUCUUUCCACCAUGAUGAGAGUUCACACCGCUGCACGGAAUGCUUUUAAAGUCCAGAGACGGGCCUUCUCGGCUUCGCAAAGACGGUUGGAGAGGUAUGGGUUCGUUGGGUUGGGGCAAAUGGGGUACCAGAUGGCCAAGAAUUUACAGGCGAAACUCCCGCCGAGUGAUUCGGUCAAGUUGUUCGAUAUCAACGGCGAUGCGGUGAAACGGCUAGCUGAGGAGAUGUGGACAUCUCAGACUGGUGGCGCUGCAGUUGAACUCGCGCACGAUGUGAAUGACGCUGCAAAGGACUCGGAUAUAGUAAUUACGGUGUUACCUGAGCCGGCACAUGUGAAGGGCGUGUAUCGAGAGAUAUUAUCCCCGGGUUUGCCAAAGAAGAACAGGAUAUAUAUCGAUUGCUCAACUAUUGAUCCCUCGUCGUCCCGGGAGGUUGCAGGUUGGGUUGCCGAUGCCAACCAAGGCCAAUUUGUUGAUGCUCCCAUGUCGGGUGGUGUAGUAGGCGCUGCGGCAGGUACUUUGACUUUCAUGCUGGGCGCUCCCGAUGCUCUAGUACCAAAGCUAGAACCGAUAUUGCUACGGAUGGGAAAACGAGUAUUGCACUGCGGCGUGCAAGGCAAUGGACUGAGCGCUAAGUUAGCCAAUAAUUAUUUGCUUGCCAUCAACAAUAUCGCAACAGCAGAAGCGAUGAACUUAGGCAUCAGAUGGGGUCUCGAUCCUAAGACGCUAGCCAAUAUCAUCAAUGUUAGCACUGGCAAAUGCUGGCCAAGCGAAGUCAAUAAUCCGGUAAAAGGAGUUGUUGAAGGCGCACCAGCUAGCCGUGACUAUUCUGGCGGGUUUGGUAUUAGUCUAAUGAAGAAGGAUCUGAAGCUUGCCAUUGUAGCCGCAAAUGAAGCCAAUGCGAAGUUAGAACUUGGCGAUCGAGCAAGGCAAGUCUACGAAGAGGCUGAGCAAGUAGAAACGUGUAAAGGCAGAGACUUUUCUGUCAUAUAUAGAUUCUUAGGUGGUAAGGAAUAAGACCUAAUUUAAACAUACCAUCUAAACUGAUCUGAUCUGAUCUGAUCUGGCCUAAUUUGAUAAAGUGAAGAAGGGAUUAAUAUAUCUUCCCUGUAGUUAUUAGAUCUGAUAUUAAUCGCUUAUCCGAGAUAUAUCUAUGAGAUCAGGUCUAUAUUUCUUGUAGUAUGAUGGAUCAAGGUACGUUCCGGCGCUAUGACCCGGAUGGCGCCCGGAGAAGGGAACUAACGCCGUAGCGUCCCGGAUGAGGCCUCUUCCGCCCAAAGAUUGGGGGGUCCAUCGGGCCCCUCUCUAGGUUAAUCUAAUUCCAUAACUCUCUUUAGGAUAGCGGUGACUUAGUCAUGAUGAUGACGAUACUUACCU